AUGUACUUCACGUACGUUGUGCGCCCCGGCGAGGCACCGGAAAGUCGCGGACCUCAAUUCGAGCCAGUAUGGGAGUUUUUGAUGAACUACAACCUUCGUGCGGGGUUCGCACUGCAACUACUCUCAUUUGUAGUACUCGCUAUAGGGAUCUACAAUGGAGGCAAAGACCCACUCGCACUUCUUACCUUCUUCCGUGCUCUUCCUGAAAACUUUGGUGUCACCCCUUUCAGUCUCACACUACUCUGCCACGGUGGAUUCAUAGUAGGAACGUUACUCAUCAUGUCCUUCAUACAGAUGAGUGAAGAUGAUGCAUCCAUCAAGCAAUGCAGAGGAUACCGCGCAGGAACCAAAUUCUUGCUACAGGCUACUUCAUUCGGUGCCGUAUCAUGGUGUCUGAGCAUGAUCACCUUCCUUGGUGCGACGUACCAUUUCGGAGCACAAUGGAUGGAAGAACAAAUUGGUGAUGGUUCCAACUGGUUGAUAUACUUCAGCUCUCGGUUGUUCGAUGCUUUCGGAUUGAUGCUCUACGCUGGUGGAUGCUUCUUCUUGGAGACUUACCACUCGGAGGGUACCAAUGAAAGUUGGGGAUGGCUCUGUGGAGCUGCAUUCUUGGCAGCCGGUGUUUUCGAGGUACUAGCUUUGAACUUCAUCAACAGCGGACUUUUCGCCAUUGUUGAACGCCUCUACACCUUCUCGUUGGGUAUUGCGCUUGUCAUAUCUACCUUCUGGGCAUUCAUAUUCGAACCCGUAUGCCACCGCUACGACGUUAAACUCACACAAAGUGCACUACGCAACGAGUACUACAAGUCACGCAAUGCCAUGGCGUUCUACGGCCCGGCGGUAGUGGAUGACAACGGCGAGGUUGAUAUCGCCGCUGCCACUGAACAAGUCCAAAAUUCGCUCACAAACCAAAUGAUGAUGCAAUAA